UAAACCUUCUUCGGUAAACACUGUGGGAGGGUCCGGAGGAGGAAGAAGACGAGGGGGGGUUAGUUAUUUAUUAGGGUUCUCAACUCACUGAGUCGUUCGACUUUGUCUUCAUUUUUUUGUCGUUGCCGAGGAACUUUGCUCCGAUCCUUUCUUCUCUAUUAUAGAUGCUUAGAACAAGCUUAUAGGUGUGUUUUUCCGGUGAGAGACUUCCGAUAUUUUCGGUGACGUGAGGGAAGAUUUUGAUUCUUUGAUUUUUGUUUUUUCUGGUAGUUCGAUUUUGACCGGGGUCAAGUCUACUUGCUGUGUGGGGUUUGAUUCAGUCUUCUAUUGGAAUUUGUUUUAAGAAGACCGAGCACGACUAAUGGCAUUGUGAUUGAAAACUGGGUUUCGUUGCUUUUAUUUUUGGAAAAAAGAUAAAGAUUGAUUCUUUUGGGUUUCCGAUUUCGAACAUUCCUGUUUAUUUCUGGGAAUAUCGGAGCCUGAAAAAGACAAUUUUGAAUUACUUACUCGUAUUGCUGACAUUCACGCUUUGGCACUGAUCUUGUGUCUCUUCAACUGACCCUAUUAUUCGAUAUUUGAGGAAACCUUACCGAACUUUCUGCGUGUAUCCCCAUGCCUUUACUUAUUCAAAAAUCUGCUUAUAAUGAUCAUUGAUAUUAUUGUGUUUGUUGGGAUAAAUGUGCUUAGGCCCUUCCUUAAUUGAUCUCUGCUUUUUUUGUUUAUUAAUGGAUCAUAUCCUAAUUUAGUGGUUACUGCAACAGGCAGGAACCACUCGGAUUUCCGCCUCUUUAUUAGUCGCUCUUCAACUCUGGCUUUCCCUUUAUUCUCUUACAAAUCCUCGGCUUCCAAAAGAGCUUCUUGGUACAUCGUAAUCUCUUUAGCUUUGAAUCACUUCUGAAAUUGAAGUAUGGUUUUCUCUUUUACCCGUUUCUCUUGCUGGUUACGGGGUGGCAAGGAGGAACGCUCUGUUUCUAAGGGCACUACUCUAAAUGCAUCUUCUGAAUUGGGUUUUUCUCAAAAGAAACGCGAGUCUAAAAAAUUGGGUAAGGUUAAGGAAGCUAAGAUUGUACCAUCUCAAGAGCAGGGUCAUCGAAAAUGGAAGAGCAGGGAAGAGAAGAGAAUUGAUAGAGAAUUCGAUGUUGUAGUGGUGCCAUCAGAUGGUGGUGAGUGUUUGUCCGGGUCGGAAUCUGACGAUUCAGACUAUUCCGUGGGGUGGCGGGAGCCCCAUGGACCUAGCUUUCGGAGUGAUGAAGUGUCAGAUGACGGUUUUGAUGUUCUGGUUCCUUGCUAUAGAUAUGGUGGCAAGCAGGUGGAGAGUUCAAAUAAGGAGAUUUUGAGUGCCUUUAAGAACCUGCCAGACGAAUUUUCUUCAGGUAGCAAGAAAUACAUGGAGCAAUGGUUGGAGUCUCUCAAGAACUUUGAAGGGUAGACUCACCCUGGUCCUCUCACUAAGGUACAUAUGACAGAGAGCUAGAAGCAGCUAGUAAGUGAUAAGGGAGCAACUAGAAUUUGAAGACAUUUUCUGAUUGUGAUCAACUAGUAAGUGAUGAGAAAGAAGAGCACUGAAUGGAUUUGGAAGAAUACUUGAAGUGGUGAUCAUUCUCCCAGGCAUAUUCUUCUUUGUAGAUACCUUGUGUAUAGGCUGAAAGAGAAAACCAAGAAAUAUAUAUAUAUAUAUUAAAAUGAUUUCUAAAUCUAUGUGGCUUGAGCCUUCUGGUAGCCCCUAUGUAAUUAAUUAAUAGUUGGAUUUUCUGGCCUGAUGAGUGACUCUCUUCAAUCAUUAAAUAAUCCAUUUUCUUGUAUGCCAUUAUUGGAGAUGCAGCUUUUGUUUUUUCCUUGCC